GUUGUAAAUUUCGGCAAUGCAGCGGAGCGGACGGCUGGCGAGCGCGGUGGUGGUGUUGCGGCAGUACCUGCCUGGCAAGCAUGUGGUGCGGGUGCAACCACGCGCUGCAGCAGCAAGGGAUGGUGGUGGUUUGAGUGGGAAGGCAGGAGAUGCGGGUGGAGGCCAGUACAAGGGUCGGCAACGGGAGGAUGGUUGGAACAGAGCGAGCACGGCGGUGGUACACUAUGUGUUGUUGGAGCGGCCAGUGACUGGCAGGGAUGCAAGCGCCGCAGAGGGCGCAACAAAAACAACCACGAUGAAGAUGCCGUCACGACUAGCGUUGAUGCUGUCGUCUCUCACAUCGCAGCCUCUUCGAACUCGACUGGAACACGUAUUCUUGCCUCGUGACUACCGAGCGAGCGUAUCCCCAAAGUUUCUCGACUACUGCAAGUGGCAGUUUGUACAUAUGACCACGAUGACGGCAUCGGGCGUCCUAUCUAUGCAGUCUCUCCUCUACGCCGUGGGCGUGGGUGCAGGGAGCGUCCCUCUUGCUGCAGCCAUCAACUGGAUUCUCAAGGAUGGGCUCGGGCAGCUUGGCGGCAUGUUGUAUGGCAGCAUAUUUGGCACGCGGUUCGACGACGACCCGAAGCGGCAGCGCUUCAACGCCGUGCUCUCACUGCAGGUGAGCGGGAUCGUGGACAUCAUCACGCCGCUUUUCCCGCACCACUUCCUCCUCCUCGCCUCCGUGUCCAACUUUGGCAAGAACGUGUCCUAUCUUGCCAGCUCGGCAACGCGCGCGCAGAUGAAUCUCAGUUUCACCCGCACGUCAAACCUCGGGGACGUGACGGCGAAGAUGACGUCCCAGAGCAUCGCCGCAAGUGUUUUCGGCACGGGCCUGGGUAUCCUCGUGUCAAAGGUGACAGGAACCGAAGCGGCGCUAUUGAUGGCAGCUUACGUCCCGCUCUCCCUCGUCAGCAUUGGAGGCAACUACUACAGCUCCAAAUUUGUCUCCCUGAAGACAUUCAACGUGCAGCGCGCUGAGAUCCUGGCCCGUCACUACUUCACAACAAAGGUUUGCACCCCUUAUGUAGCCAUGCAGGGCGGCCUCGACGAUGCGCAAGCUCCACUGGAAGCGAUACCGCCACCGCCUGUGGUUGCUGAGGCGGAGGGGAUUGUGACGGCUGCGCGCGUGUACCGCACCCCGCUCCAUGUCGGACCAAACAUCGCCACCCUCCCCUGGCAGCAGUUAUAG